CUUAGCUGCGGUCGCCGCGGCGCGCGGACAUGGCGCGAGUGUUGCGUCCGCCGAGCCGCACUCUAUGGCGGCAAUCCGACCAAUACUAGGAUGUCGCUGAAGACCCCGACGCCGGGCGUCGGCGAGCGCGAGACAUGGGGCAAGAAGGUGGACUUUUUGCUGUCCGUCAUCGGCUUCGCUGUCGACCUUGCCAACGUGUGGCGGUUUCCCUACCUGUGCUACAAGAACGGAGGAGGAGCCUUCUUGGUGCCAUAUUGCAUCAUGUUAGUGGUGGGAGGGAUACCGCUUUUCUACAUGGAGCUAGCUUUAGGGCAGUUCCAUCGCAAAGGAGCCAUCACUUGCUGGGGCAGGCUCGUGCCACUGCUUAAAGGUAUUGGAUACGCGGUGGUUCUGAUAGCAUUCUAUGUGGACUUUUAUUAUAAUGUCAUAAUCGCUUGGGCUUUACGUUUCUUCUUCGCAUCAUUCACAACCAUGUUACCUUGGACCAACUGCAACAAUGAGUGGAAUACACCUGCAUGUCAACCGUUCGAAGCUAAUUGGGAGUCUAUAAACGUAAACAAAACCACACGCCACCACAACUCUUCAGCGUCAAACACUCCACAAACGACACCAUUUACAUCAGCCGCUUCAGAAUAUUUUAAUCGGGCAAUACUGGAACUGCACAGGAGUGAAGGCUUACAUGAUUUGGGUCCCAUUAAGUGGGACUUGGCACUAUGUCUUCUGGCGGUUUAUAUAAUUUGUUACUUUUCAUUGUGGAAAGGCAUCAGCACAUCUGGCAAAGUAGUAUGGUUUACAGCUUUAUUUCCUUACGCUGUACUUCUGAUACUGUUAGUACGUGGAAUAACUCUACCGGGUUCUGCUACUGGCAUUCAGUAUUACUUAAGUCCUAAUUUCGAGGCUAUUACUCAACCUCAGGUAUGGGUCGAUGCAGCUACACAAGUAUUUUUUUCUUUGGGUCCAGGAUUUGGUGUUCUCUUGGCUUACGCUUCUUACAAUAAAUACCACAACAACGUGUAUCAGGAUGCGAUUCUAACUAGCGUUAUCAACUCUUGCACUUCAUUCAUCGCUGGAUUUGUUAUCUUCAGCGUGCUGGGUUACAUGGCCCACACGUCUGGUAAGGAUGUUCAAGAUGUAGCCACUGAAGGACCGGGUCUCGUAUUUAUCGUGUACCCAGCUGCUAUAGCAACUAUGCCAGGGUCUACAUUCUGGGCACUCAUAUUCUUUAUGAUGUUGCUGACACUGGGACUGGAUAGCUCUUUCGGUGGAUCCGAGGCAAUAAUAACCGCUCUAAGCGAUGAGUUUCCUCCAAUCGGACGACAUCGAGAACUGUUCGUGGCCUGCCUCUUCACCCUGUACUUCUUCGUUGGCUUAACGUCUUGCACUACGGGAGGCUUCUACUUCUUCCAACUCCUUGAUCGAUACGCGGCUGGAUAUUCUAUGCUUGUUGCUGUUUUCUUUGAAGCAAUUGCUGUUUCUUGGAUCUAUGGUACCGAAAGAUUCUGCGAGGAUAUCCGUGACAUGAUUGGUUUCCGACCUGGUCUCUAUUGGAGAAUCUGCUGGCGUUUUGCCGCCCCAGCGUUCCUCUUGUUUAUCACUGUGUAUGGCCUGAUGGAUUAUGAGCCUUUACAAUAUGAUAACUACGUGUACCCAUUCUGGGCGAACGCGCUUGGCUGGUUCAUCGCAGGAUCAAGCGUCAUUUGUAUACCAACCGUGGCUAUUUACAAGAUCCUCACAACUAAAGGAACUUUCUUAGAGCGUCUGCGCAUCCUGACGACACCUUACGCGGACACGGAACACAGCGCGGUCCACAACGGCGUGGUGGUAUCGGAGAGUGGUGGCGUGCGGCUGGCAUCAGCCGUCACCACCCCCGGUACGCCACCCGCCACCGACCCAUCGGCUACCUCCGCCCCCUCCGUGCGUGACCAGCCUGCACUCGUCUGAGCGACGCUCUCCUUUGACGUCUACUACGUAUAAAUAGUCUUUUAUGGGCGACGUUAACACGUAAUCCGUGGCUUAUUGGCACAGUGUGACCAAUAUUGUAAUCGGUUUCUGCGGCACCGGUUGCAGCCUGCAGGUUCUAACGUCGCUCAUGAAUUAAAUUUAUAGGGCGUAUAGGUGUCAGAGGGAAGAAAGGUGGCGGCGUUUUAUUUUAAGAUUAAUUGUGUGAAAUGGUUGUCGAUAUGGGCCAUCCGCCAUAGAGGCGCUUAUUGCUUUUAAAAUAGAUCUUAAGUUGCUAAUUAUAAUUUUGACGUUUUCUUCAUUUGUUUCAUCAUAUUAGGUUUUAAUCAAUGAGUAAGAUAAAAAAUCCCAUUAAAAAUAUAUAUUAACCUGUGGUGUUAUAAGCUUAUAAUUUAGGCUUGCUAUUAUUAUCUAUGAAAAGUUUUGGUAUAUGGCAACAUAAAAUGUAUGCUCACAAACAGAUAGGUACCUAGAUUAUCUGUUUAAUAAAUGUGUACAAAACCGUAUGCAUGACAAUUAGUUUUAUUCGCGUUAAUUUAUGGUAGGAACAUAGAUAUAUCCUUGUUUUUAUGAUAAUGUAUUCUAUUUAUUUACUUGAAUUUUAAUUAAGUAUAAACGUAACUUUGUCAUUGGCAUCGAAGAAGGCUUAAAGAAUAUCUAUGAUUAAAAU